GCAGAUGGGUACGGUAGCUAGCUCGUCGUGAGUGUAGCAGGCCUCAGAAUAAUUUUUUUUGAUGGCAACGGAGGGUAUCAAGGGUUACCAGCGCAUGAUAUUCGCGACCCUGUUCUUCGGUUACGCCUGCUACGGCUACAACCGCAAGAGCAUCACGUUCGUGCUGCCCGCACUGCUCGCCGACGGACUGCGCAAAGAGGAAGCCGGCGCGAUCCUGAGCAGCCAGAACCUGGCGUACGCCGGCAGCAAGUUCCUGUUCGGCGUGCUGUCGGACCGCGUCAGCUCCCGCCUGAUGUUCGCCACCGGCCUGCUGCUGUCGGCCGUGUUCACCAUCGUGCUGGCCGCGGUGGCCUCCGUGUCCGCCGAAGUGUUUGCGGUGCUCUGGUUCCUCAACGGAUGCGUGCAGGGCUGCGGCUGGCCCUCGCUCAUCAAGGUCCUCCAGCAGUGGUUUUUACAAGCACAGUUUGGAACCUUGUACGGUGUGCUGUCAGCUUCAGCCAACAUUUCGCUGAGUGUAGCCCCGUUCCUGUCUUCGUAUCUGAUGCUCACUUACAACUGGCGAGUAAGCGUCGGGUUCACGGGCGUGAUAUGCGCUAUUAUGGGCAUCCUGUCUCUGUUCACCAUCGUCAACAAGCCAAGCGACGUCGGCCUCACUGUGAACGAAAAAAGCGCGAGAUCGAGUCUGAAGGCUCCGGACGCCGCAUUACCUGCCGGAAAAGAGGCCGCGCUGAAAAGCACAACGACCAGGGAGCAGCAGGAAGAGGAACUCACCAGCUCCGCGGCGACCCCCGUGAACCUGCUGAGCAGCCCAUUUAUAUGGCUGCUGUCGGUGUCGUACCUGACCUUGUUCUUCGCUCGCACUGGUGCCGCCGACUGGGGUCAGAUCUACAUCAUCGAGGACCUCAAGCAGACCCAGUUUGCCGCCAAUUCCUUCAUGAGCUGCAUCGAAGGUGGCGGUUUCCUGGGUGGCAUCCUGGCCGGCUACAUAACGGACUGGAUGAUCGUCUGGCGCACCAACAAGGGUGGAACUUGCGGAGCGAACCCCAGGGUUCCCGUGUCGGUGGCUCUAACGGCUGGCGCUGCGGUGGCCUUUCACGUGUUCAGCUACGGCAUCACGGAACACUCGUCGGAGCUGCUGAUCAGCGUCAUCGGUCUCGCCCUGGGCGGCUGCCUGUACGGAGCCAUGGCCAUCUUCGGCGUGGUGGCCUCCGAAUGCGUGCCUGCGCACCUGUCGGGCACGUCGCACGCCAUCGUGGCCUUCGGCGGAAGCCUGGGCGGCGUCAUAUCGGGUUUCCCGCUCAGCCUGGUAGCCGAGCACUUCAGCUGGUCGGCCGUGUUCCUGCUCCUGGAGAUCAUCAGCUUCCUCACGGCGUUCGCGCUGUUCGCCGGCAUGAACUUUGACUCGAGGGUGAGGGCGCCCGCCGCGAAGAAGGACGUCGCCGUUGCCGUCGCCGUGCCGGUCCCCCCACCCGUGGACGCCGAUAAGCCCGACGCUCUGGAACCGGCGGAGAAACAACCGUCCGCACUAGACGAGCCGUCUUAAAUUCCGGGAGGAGACUUAUUUCGAUUUCUUUAUCACUCAGUUGUUUCUUCACUUCAUAGCGCGCAACCGUAAGACGGAAAUUUAGUGUCUCAAUGGAAAAAUAAAUAUUUAAAUGCGAUGAAAAAAAGUAAUAAUCAGCCUUGAUUUGUAAGUGAUGAGCCAGUAUUAAGUAAGUAAUCAGCCUAGACUUCUCAGAAAGUGGUUUCGGUAAAACGCCGUAAUUUUUUAAGCCUAGACUUCGUACGAAAGGCGAAGUACCGAUUGUGAUAGCCAAUUAGUAGACAACUAUGCUAAGUAAGCAUAGUAAAAAUUUAAAUUAAAUUAUGGGGUUUAACGUGCCAAAACCAAUUUCUGAUUAUGAGGCACGCCGUAGUGGAGGAGUCCGGAAAUUUCGACCACCUGGGGAUCUUUAACGUGCACCUAAAUCUAAGCACACGGGUGUUUUCGCAUUUCGCCCCCAUCGAAAUGCGGCCGCCGUGGCCGGGAUUCGAUCCCGCGACCUCGUGCUCAGCAGCCCAACACCAUAGCCACUGAGCAACCACGGCGGCUUAGUAAUAAGUAAGUAAUCAGCCUAGACUUCUCAGAAAGCGGUUUCGGCACGUAAAACGCCAUAAUUUUCUUAAGCCUAGACUUCGCACAAAAGGCGAAGUACCGAUUGUGAUAGCCAAUUAGUAGACAGCUAUGCUAAGUAAGCAUGGUAGUCUUAUUGGCCGUAUUCUGUCGGUUUACACAUUUUAUCAUGGAUUCAAACCAACUGGCCCGCCGACGUGAACACAUCUCGCGCGAUGAGCGCGGAAACUCGCUGUCAAAAUGUGAGCAAUCGUGGCAGCAGCGGGGACCGAAUUGACCUUCGCGCAUCUCUCGCUUCAACGCGAACCAAACGUCGAAAGCACAGCGCAUACGAAGCUGCCGGCACUACGCGCAUGCACUCUGCAAACAUAGCAGACCGCUUUUACUGGGCUCGGCCGGGGCCCACCAAAGACCGCUUGACCUGGCCCGAAAGCCCGGGCCUGGUAAAUCGAUAUUU